AUGAUGCAGAUGUCGGUGAGACGUUUUUCGUUAAGGAGCGUGGUGCAAAGAUCGCUGGCGGGAGGAGGUGAACCAGUUCAGAAUGAUUCUUCUAGUUCAAGUUCAGCAACAGAAUCAGAUUGGGGGCCAUCGGAUGAUACAGAGACAGAGUUGGAUAGUGAGAGUGUGACAUUAUCACUUGAAAACGAUGGUCAGUCAGAAGCAAUAGAGUCAAGGCAUACUUCUCCAGAGCAAAGAGAACUUGUGAACCAAGCGACAAAUCCAAUGUUGACGAUGAUGCAUGAUAUGCUCACUUACUUGAAGGACGAAAGGCAAGCAGCAACAAAUGGUACAUCAGGAAGCUCGACAUCUCCAGACUUCCUGAAGAUCGUAACGAUGAUCAAAAAUCUUGGAUCAACACAUUAUGGUGGAGGAACAAAUCCAUUUGAUGCUGAUAGUUGGUUGCAAAACCUGGAGAAAAACUUUGCAGCCACUCGAUGUCCUGAAGAUUACAAAAAGGAUGUCUCAGAGUUUACAAGAAAAUAUUUCCCACCGGAGACAAGAGAUAGAUUGGAGGCUCAGUUCUUGAGGUUAGAACAAGGGAAGAGAAGCGUCAGAAACUACGAGUUAGAAUUCACAAGACUAAGGAGAUACGUCAAAUAUGGCCAAGACGAUGAAGCUGCGAUAACAAGGAGGUUCAUGCAUGGGUUAAGACCAGAACUUCAUAGUCGACUUCAAGUGGUAGAAUACAUAUCUUAUCUUGAGUUGGUGGAGAGAGCCGUAAAUGUAGAAGCAGCCGUCAUUGCAGAGGAAGAAGUGAAAUCACAAAACCGCAAGAGAAGAUAUGAUGGAGAUACGCAAGGAGAACCAAAUAAUUAA